AUGGAUGGUGCUAAACUUUUGAAAUCGAAGCCGCCCGUUUCAUCAAAUGCCGAAAGGGAUAUCAAUGUUUCAACAAAACCUUUAUCAGAAAAAUCCCCCGUUCAAGUUACCACGAUCGUGCAUCAGCCGAAGCAACCAAUCUCUUUCGAAAAAAACAUUCUAUUGCCACAGCUUCCUUCCCUAUUCGAAACCAUAGGAUAUGCUUAUUUCUUUGGUGCUUUCUUGACCGGCCCUCAAUUCUCUUUUCACCUUUAUAAAAAGUUCCUCACAGUGUCUCUGUAUCCUGAUAUAAACAACAUACCGCCGGGAUCUUAUAAGUCGGCGUUGAAGAGUCUUGUGCUUGGAGCCCUGUACCUAGGAGCUUAUCAAAUUGGUGCAGGUUACUUUCCGACGUCUUACCUAAUCACCAAAGAGUAUGCUGCGAGGCCAUUUAUUGAACGAUUAGCAAUCAUGUGGUGUGCUGGGAAAUUCUCAUUUACCAAGUACCUUGGAACAUGGACGUUGGUCGAAGGUGCCUGCAUUCUCUCGGGAAUUUCAUUUAAUGGUUACGAUGAAUCCGGCAAUGCCGAGUGGAAUGGUCUUGCCAACGUCGAUAAGAUCAUCGGAUCCUUCAACACGAACACAAACCUAUGGACAAAAACUUACAUCUUUAAACGACUUAUCUUCCUCGGAAACAAGAACCUCUCCUCGGUGAUCUCGUUGGUAUUCCUGGCACUUUGGCAUGGACUCCAUUCCGGCUAUUACAUGUGUUUUGGAUUAGAAUUUAUUGACAUGGAGGCCGAGAAACGUUGGACCAAAAGACUUGAGAAUUACACGAAACCAUUAUACUUUCCUCAGCACAAACGCAAUACAAGCAUUAGAUUCAUGCGAUCCUUGCAUCAGCUGGCCUGCUGGUUUGGUCAGACUUGCGCGUUGCAUUAUGCAAUGAUCUCAUUUGACUUAUUGAGGCUGGAACAUUGGAUUACUGCUUAUAAUUCGGUUUAUUGGAUUGGACACAUUGUGGUGUUCAGUUUGUUAUUUUUAGAUCUCAUCCUUCCGAGACCUAAAGCUAUGCUCAUGAACGGAACCACAAAGAUCAACGGGGCGAUAAAGGUUAACGGAAAUCUGGCUGAAUCCAAGAAGGAGCAGUAA